CUGUCCCUGCAGAGAAUUAGCACAGACACUCCCUCCUUCUUUCCCGUCUCCCCCUCUUCUACCUCCUCCUCACCCCACCCUUCAGCUCACUAACAGGAAGCAGGAGGCAACCUUGCCUCAUCCUCGAUGAGUAAGAGCUGAGCCUAGCUACAGUAUGUGUGCAUGUGCUUAUCAGUGGCGUGUUCGGGAGAGGAUGUGGAGGGGUGUGUAUACGUGUGACUGUGAGACUUCUUCUUUUCUACUGUAUCUAUGGUCCAAGUACUGAGUAUGUGUGUGUAUUAGAAACCAUGAUGUGGGGUGAGCAUCUUGUGUGAGUGGCUGUGUCUGUGAGAUAAAGCGACAGAGCUCAGGGGAUCACUGUGAAGAUGAGUAAGGGGAAACAUAGCUGAGCUGUCUGUACUUGCUGUCCCUCCCUUUUUUCAUGUCUUUCUCUUUUGUGUUUGCAUAGUAGACAAAAGUGGCGUGGACUAGAAAUGUGUGUGUACGUUGAUGUUUGGAGAGGAGGGUAGCAUGUGUGCCUUCAGUUGGUGUGUGUGUGUUAGGCUGUGUAUACUUUGGAGGGAUAUGAGUGGAGACGAGUAGAACGGGGUCCAGCUGUGGGUCCGUCAGUAAGUCAGGAUGGUGCAGCGCUUCAGUCUUCGUAGGCAGUACUCCAAGAUCGACCGGCUGGAGGUGAGCGGGCUGGGCCAAACACCCCUGGCUGUGUCAUGUGGGGCAGACGGUUCAUUCCCAGGGGGUGAGGAUGCCACUCCAGACCCUCAGCGCACCAAACAGGCUAUUGCCCAGCUCCAGCAGAAAAUCCUCAAGCUCACAGAGCAAAUCAAGAUUGAGCAGACAGUCAGGGAUGAUAACGUUGCUGAGUACCUCAAACUGGCUCACAAUGCUGACAAACAGCAAAGCACACGUAUCAAACAGGUUUUUGAAAAAAAGAACCAGAAGUCAGCACAGACCAUCCAGCAGCUGCAAAGGAAACUGGAGCAUUACCACCGGAAGCUGCGGGAGGUGGAGCACAACGGUAUCCCACGCCAGCCUAAGGAUGUUCUGCGGGACAUGCAGCAGGGCUUAAAAGAUGUGGGAGCCAAAGUCACCGGCUUCAGUGAAGGUGUGGUGGACAGCGUCAAGGGAGGCCUCUCCAGCUUCUCCCAGGCCACCCACUCCGCUGCAGGGGCUGUCGUCUCCAAACCUAGGGAAAUCGCCUCACUGCUUCGCAACAAAUUUGGCAGCGCCGACAACAUCCCCUCUCUCAAAGACUCUCUGGAAGACCCCUCAGUGGAGGAAGCAGUGACAGGGCCUGGCGGACGCUCACUGGGCAGUGCUGGGCAUCACCUCCAGUCCAGUCCCAAGUAUGGCAGUGAGGAUGACUGCUCUAGUGCUACGUCAGGCUCAAUGGGGGCCAACAGCAUCACGGGGGCCCCUGGAGGCCCCCCUAGUUCCAAGGGCAACACACUGGAGAGGAACCAGAGCUCCAGCCUGGAUAUGCUGCUGCAGGAGGUGCAGGAGCUUAGGGAGGGUCAGGCAAGGCUAGGGGAGGGCCUUGAUGGCUUGAAGGACCACUAUCAGAGAGACUACACAGUCAUUAUGCAGGCACUGCAGGAGGAACGCUUCAGGUGUGAACGUCUGGAGGAGCAGCUGAAUGACCUGACAGAACUUCACCAGAAUGAGAUCCUGAACCUCAAGCAGGAGCUGGCCAGCAUGGAAGAGAAGAUUGCCUACCAGUCGUACGAGAGAGCCAGAGACAUCCAGGAGGCGUUGGAGGCGUGUCAGACCAGGAUCUCAAAGAUGGAGCUCCAGCAGCAGCAGCAGCAGGUCGUCCAGUUGGAGGGGCUGGAAAAUGCCACAGCCAGGACCCUCCUGGGAAAACUUAUCAAUGUGCUGCUCGCCCUGAUGGCUGUCCUUCUGGUCUUUGUCUCAACUGUAGCCAACUGUGUGGUUCCCUUGAUGAAGACACGCUCACGCUCCCUCUCAACCCUCCUCCUUGUCCUGCUGCUGGCCUUCCUGUGGAGAAACUGGGACGCUCUCUUAGGGUACACACACCGUGCUCUGCAGCCCCCAGGAUGACCAGACUGAAGCCAGCAUAUGUUGUUUUGGUGACAUCAGGAAAUGUAACUGUAACUGCAGUCAUGCAGGAGGUUUGAAGAACAGGAUUGCCAUUAGAAUGGCUGUGCAGCUGGGCACUGAAAAGUCAGCUGAGCACUUUCGGACACCGACCUGGAAUCCAGAUAAAGCGGAAGAAAUGGAGUCCAGUUGACAAUACUUAGGAUUUUCAUUAAGAAAGGAUGAAACUGUUUACAUUUUGAAAUGAACUGUUGUGUUGUUAUUCCUCACAGAAUGCAAUGUUGUAUUGUUUUUAUCGUUAGAUUUUAAUCAAUUAUAAUAUUUCUAAUAAUGUAAUUUUUUUAUUUUAAAUGUUAUUUUAUUCCGUACCAUGUAGCAUUACGCUCCUCUCACUCUACAUGAAGAGGAGUCGAGUUAGGAAACUGGACGGGUGAUUUGCCGCAGAGGCACAGUCCAGUAGUGACAUGCAAAUGUGAUAAUGUGGUUGAUUGCUUUUAGGAAGAGAACUCUUAUUAGCUCUGAUUGGUAGAUAUGAACCGUGGCUGAAAACCUUCCUGGCUUCUUGCUGUGAUGAAAUUUGUCCAGAAAGGACAUUCUGAAGGACUGACCAUGACCUCUUGAGUAUCAUGAUGACUUGAGAAUUUUUGUGCUUCCUCUCCAAUUCUAAUAGUAAAGACCACUUGGUUUUACUUGUUUCCUUUUUUAAGUGAAACACGAAAAACUGAUUUAAAUAGGGGAGACUGCCAGUGAAACAAAGACAGAAUGUGUCUGGGUUGCUCACCUAGAAAUGGCACAAACACAAAACAUCUGGUUAUUGUCAAGUGCCCGCCAUAUUUGCAACAUGUAUACAAUGAUGCAUGUUUAUAUUAAGAAAAAUUACCAAGGAAGCAAAUUUGCUUUUGAAAGCAAUGACAUAAGGCCAUUGUCCAUGUAAAAUGGAUUUGCCAGGAUAAUUUCCUCCCCCUGCCAUAUGUGAUGUUAUUGGGUUAGGAAAGAGAGGCCACUGGUGCUUUCUCAGCUCCGUCUCAGGUGCCUCUUCAUAUCUACAGUGUAAGUUGUGUCCACAGCCAUGUCAGUCAAAUGCACACUGCCUGUGAUAUUGUACUCUUCAUGAGAUGCUCUCCCUGUGUAUUAUCUCUGCAGCCGUUCUUGUUUUCUCUACAACUACACUGUGUUCUGUUGUAAUCACUCAGUGCCAAACCUGAGUUAACCCAUGAAUGUCUGAACUGAGAGGACACGAGGGGGAGGUUGCUCAGCAGGUUUAGCUUCUCUUCAGCUCUGUCAAGAAUGUCUUGCCUGGAUGUCAAGGAUGUAUCUUUUUGGGAGACUUAACUUAUGCAAAGGAAGAUCGAGACAUCACAGUUUGAACAUGAGCUUGACUGCUGAUCUUCAGGUGUGUAUUUCUGCACCUUGCUUCCUUUUCUUACUCACCCAGGUUCCUCAUCUAGUAAAGGACAUGACUAGAUGACCUAACACAUUAAAUAGUGCACCCUGCAUUUCAUGCUGAGAAGCAGAUUCACUAACGGGUAGUGAGAUCAUUGCACGUGUUCAGCUGCACUUUAGAACACUUCUAGAUAACAUACAGUUCAGGCUGACACUUGAAACAUCCUUGAUAGGAUUCAAAGGCUGUUACUCUUAAGACAGUGGUUAUCAAUGUGAUAAGAAAAUCAGAUGUAAGUCGGGAUCCCUGUUGUCUAAUAAUAAAACCUACUGAGGAAUUUAGUUCAUUUCUUGUCAAAACAUCAAACUUGAUUGCUCUCCAGUCAAACAUGCAAUUAAAAUGGCAGGAAGCAGAUUUAUUUAUUUAUCUAUUUCAGUUUUUCCAUUUUAGGUGCAGCAAACAGGUUGAGAGUGAGCUGGUCUUUGACCUUGGCUUGACCUAGAAGUCCUAUGACUUAAGGCUUUGUGCUAAACCACUCCAGUGCCUUCUGAUGUCCUUUUCUAAGUGUGGAAUAAAUAAAGUGCAUUCCUGACUAA